GAAGGUCAGCAAUACUCGUUAAAGAAAAUGGGAGCUAUCCCCAAUUUACAGUCAUAUAAAGCCCUGGAAGUUCUAUGGUCAUUCUGGAAACUUCAAGGAGUUUAUUCAGUGGAAAAGUAUCGUUUUUAUCAAUAUAUUCAUGCAGCUAUCGUCCUUUCCAGCAUCAAUGGGAUUUGUUCGAUAUUAUUCGUCGGAGAGCUGUUCAUCGUUCACAGUUUCAAGGAGUUGCUUGAUAACCUGAGCAUGAGUUUGUGCCUGCUUAUCUGCGGCUAUAAAACUAUCAUUAUUUUAAGGACUCGUCUUCAGAUAAUCCAGAUUCGGCCAAUUUUGGACCAACUGGAUAUUCGCCCGUCAACGGAAGCCCAACGUUCUGAAAUGGCUAAUGUUUGCACAACUUGCAAUCGCUUGACCUUGAUCAUUUGCUUUUCCUAUUUGCUCGUUAACGGAUUGUUUGGAUUGAUGGCUGCGCUCUCAGGACGUCAACAUUUAGUUUUCCCAGUUUGGCUACCGUAUGAUUGGCGUGUCAGCGCUUUUCGAUUUUGGAUCACUUGGUUAUACCAGAAUGUAGCCCAGUUUUUUUUCUGUGUUCAGCAAGCAGCAAAUGAUGCCACCGGACCGGUUUAUCUAAAUAUUUUGAACACUCAUUUACGAAUUCUCAUGUAUCGUAUUGAAAGUUUGUGCAAUGAUCCGGAGAAAUCUGAUUUACAAAAACAAAAGGAGUUGAUUGAAGCUAUUGAGGAUCAUCGACUAAUUACGAAGAUCUUCGACAUCCUUCAAGGAACUGUAUCGUACACAAUAUUGCUCCAAUUUGUCGGAUCUUGUCUUGUAAUCUGCAUGAUCAUCUUGGAUUACUUUCUCUACAAUUUAACACUAACUGAGAUAUUUACUGGACUGUUCUUCAUAGUGGCGGAAAUGAUCGAGAUUGCUCCUUGUUGCUACUACUCAAAUGAAUUUAUGUCAUCAACGGAUGAGUUUGUGAAUUCAAUCUACUCCGCCGAUUGGACAACUGAGUCGAUCAAGUUCAAGAAACUCAUGAUCAUUUUCAUGAUCUUGACACAGAAAAGUAAAGUAAUUAUUGCUGGAAAGGUGGUACCCGUGACAUUGGCCACUUUUGCAUCGAUUAUGAAGAUUUCAUAUUCGUUAUUUACGGUUGCCAGCAAUUUCAGCAAAAAAUAA